AGCGCGGCGGUAUUGUCAGUGAACGUCCGUGAUUCUGGUUCAUCUUCUUCUCUUCUUCAGGACUCCCGGGCGGGAUUCUCCUGGGCAUCCGCGAUUUCAGUCUACUCCCGUCACCAAACCCCUCGAGAUCGGGGCUCUCCUGGCCGUGAUUCCACUUCAUAUCGCCCUUCACGUAGUCUUCCGGGGCGGGUUUCUCCUCACCCGUGGCUGCGAUCCAUCUCAAUAUACGCAAGAUAUCCAAAUUUAGCAUCUUGUCAGGUUUGUAAUCUGCUGUUGGCACGAUGUCCCUCGCCAAACAACCAGAAAAUCUUCGUACACAGGCUUCUCUUAUAUCGAACAGUCGCUUCAAAGUUUCCUGUGCCGCAAUGUCUCAUUUCGAAAGUUCGUACAGCGGCGUCGUAUCGGAUCGCUUCUCGAAUCGUUACAUCAGUCCAUAUUGCAUCAUGUCGCAUAGACAGCGAGACCAACGGCGUACGCGGGGUGGCCGAGGACAGCCUCAGCGUCCGGUGGCCCCCAUCGUUCCUGACGGUGUUGCUGAACAAGUGCAGCAAGGGCGCUAUUCCCAGACGGAGCACGAUCAAGUAGCACAUUCUGGUCCCUCCCAACGCGGUAUUGCCGCAGCCGUUCUGUUGGGUCGGUCUUUCACUCCGGCGGAGAACCAAUAUCUGUACCAUCGCCUGCCCAUGCGCCAGCCGCCUACAGCAAGGACCGUGUUGGGUCACUUUAGCGAGCUGCCUGCUCUUUACCGUUGCCUGGCUGAUAGGACAAGGUCAAAUCUUGACGCGAUGGAGGGGCGGGAUCGGGAGAGGGGUGAGAGGCUUGUUGCUCUUGCAGAUUCUCUGGCAAGGGGCUAUGGAGAGUUAGUCGUCUGUCUACCUGUGCAACGUAUUGAGGGUAUUAUUAGGCGGCACAAGGGCGAGAAGAGGAUUAGUAAGUUUUGGGAGAGGGUAUUGGAGGAGGUUGAGACCGAGAACCUACACUACAUCGUCUCAAGCUCGUGGGCUGCACUCUUCAUCGUUCAGCUGUCGCAGGCAUCAAGUAUUUUGGCAGAGACUUCACUCAAUGGGAACGAGCGAGUCUUGGUUGUUGUGAGUGCUGGACUGGCGCUGUUGUGGGCUGUUGCAGUCACGUCAAAGGGUUUGGCUUUCGCACAUGAGAAGAGAAGACAAGAUGACCAGUUAUUGAAUGGGAUCAUUGCUAGGGAGGUGUAAAGCCAUCAUGAAAUUUCAUGCGCGUAACUUGGACGGAUAAACGGAUC